GACUCACCCAUCUUGGCUCAGGACGGGAAAGGCUGUUAUUGGUUUACCCUCAAGAGCAAAGCAUGGCCGUUUCUCAAUAUGCAUACAUGUCUGUGCUUGUGUACUCACGUCCUUGUGACACAUCAUCAACGAUAGUCCAGUUAUUGUUCCAACCCUAAGUACGUAUCAUGGUACGUUCGCCCUAAGUUUCCGGAUGUGUUCUUGCUCCACCGAUUGUGUUGAGGAUUCAAUGAUGCAUUCUUCUGUGGACUUGGGACAGCAAAGUAUCCCAUAAUGCAUUGCGCCACAAACCAUUUCACUUCAAAUGUCAGAGAAAGCUCAUAACUAUAGAGUUUUAUGUCAUAAAUUCAAAUAAAGAAUAAUACAAAAAACUGGUAUUGUAAAUAAUUGUGUGUAACCUGUAACAUUUGCUGUGUGUACCGGUAUUUGUUUUUGUUUUCUUUCAGACUCUUCAUGAUCCCUCAGAAAUCGAAUUAGCUAACCCACUAUCAAAAUAAAAGCAGCAUUGCUUUGUUUUGAUGACAAAAUUUAUUUUUUCUUAAUUUAACAACAGGAAAUGCUAGAAUUCUGUCAGUUUUCAUCAAAAGUGGACCAAAUAUUGUACAAGUAAUUUGUAUUUAUUGUUAUUUUUUAAUUGAGGGACAAACUAGACUUUUAUUCUUUUGUCUAAACCCUAGUUAAACAAGCAGCGCUUGUUGCAAUGACACAACGGAGUACAGUUCUGUUCCAAAUGCUGUUCUCGUUCUCCCAUACUUGGUAGAAUGGACUUUCUGGUGUCCUUGCCAAGAACAUACUUGUCAAGUACACAAGAAUGUACUAGCAUCCUUGGGUAUUGAGAAAUAACCAAUAUAUUAUGUAGUAGAAGCUAACUGUUAGCAUUAGCAGCUCCAUGGGUGUUUCUCAAUGUCAAGGCAUCUGGCCAGGUGCUGCUUACGAGGACACUGUCCUUCCUUGGUCAAAGAAAAAUGGUUAAAUGGAACAGACGUAUCUCACUUGACAUGUGAGGUAAAGUUAUAUUUUAAACGUAUACGUUUCAUUAUAAAUGUAUAACGAGCCUUUUACUUUUUUGUUGUGCAUAUUGGUUAAAUUAAAUAUGUAAGCGAGUUAAUACCUGCUAGCCACCAAAGCUGCAACUACUAAGAACUAACCAAUCAUAGAUGACUGCUUUGGAUAAAAAAAAACAUUUUAGAUAAAAGCCUGUUAGCUACAGUUAUUUUAAUACAUUUAAACUAGAAAUUUGCCCUGAAGUAGCUGCUGGUUCCUGAUCCGCCAUCCUUUUUGAAAAUACAACGAAAUUUUUGACCAAGGCCAGGUUACAAGACACCUCCCGUGUAUCCUUGGUCAGCUAGCUAAACUGAUAACAAAUGCAGAACAGAACAGAUGCCUCGGUAGCAUAACUGAAACGUCAGCAGAAGCGUCAGCCCUGGUGUCUCAGUCCCUCUGGUGUGAAGACACACCAGGGUUAAGACAUACGUGUCUACCUGCGCGUGUCCACAGAGCAGGUACACAGAGCAAACAAACUUGACCCAGACGCUGCUCCAUCAACACCUAGCAAAAUGUGUCAUUAUCCCAUACCUGUGAUCACUAGCUUCAGAGGAAGGUCACACACAGAAAACCACUUUCGCAACCUUCAAAAACUCUGCUCUCUAAAACCAACUCCCCCCGAAGACAUCCACCUGUCUAUGGGACUGUGGAACUGCCAAUCAGCUGUAAACAAAGCAGACUUCAUUACCGCAUAUGCAAACCACCUGUCACUCGAUGCACUGGCUCUCACUGAGACCUGGAUUAAACCAUGUGACAAUGCUACCCCAUCUGCUCUCUCAGUUAACCACACUUUCUCCCACACUUCUCGUGCAUCUGGUCGAGGUGGUGGAACGGGCAUGUUAAUUUCCAACAAAUGGAUAUACAGUCAGUUGCUACCUAUCACUAAAUACAACUCCUUUGAAUACCAUGCCAUCCAGGUAACUGUACCGAAAAUAUUCUUUUUGGUUGUCAUAUAUCGACAACCAGGUCAACUCAGAGACUUUCUUGAUGAACUCGACACCCUGCUUUCCUCCAUUCCUGACCAUGACUGUCCCACAAUGGUCCUUGGAGACAUGAAUAUUCACCUGGACAAUCCCAGCUCAUCAGGCUUCCUAUCACUAAUGUCAUUUGAUUUAAAACUAGUACAAAGUCCUCCAACUCACAAAGCUGGAAAAGCACUUGACCUCAUUUUCACCAGAAACUGUGCCAUAGACACAAUCUCUGUCACACCGCUGCAUCUUUCGGAUCAUUACUUCAUUUCAGCACGACUCUACAAGGGAGGUCCACUGCUUCCUCCCCAAUGGUCUCAUUCCGCCGCAACCACAGCAAUCUGGCACCCAACCACUUCUCCUCUCUUGUUGCCUCCACUCUUCCAUCUCCCAGCACAUUCUCCGCUUAUGAAGUGAAUGAUGCCACCGAGUCACUCUGCUCUUGUCUUAACAACUUGUGCCCUUUAGCCACUAGACCUGCUAGAUCCUCUCAGUCGCACCCUUGGCUAAAUGAUGCCCUCCGGUCUCUACGGACCAAUCUUAGAGCUGCGGAACGGAAAUGGCGCAAAACAAAAGAUCCUGGUUAUCUAUUGAAAUUUCAGGAAUUACUGUCCUCAUUCUCUGCCAGCAUCACUGAUGCAAAGAAAGCUUUCUACACUGACAAAAUUUUCAGCUCUACUGACUCUCAGAAACUAUUUUCAACAUUCAAAACUCUGCUCAACCCUCCAUCUCCACCUCCUACCAACAAUCUUAUCAGCUGACACCUUUGCCUCAUUCUUCACUGACAAAGUUGCAGCCAUAAGCAAACAGUUUACUCAACUUGCCACUCCUGAACAUUCACUACCACAAACUCAUUCAAGCCCAACCAUCUCAGGCCCUACUGCUUCAUUUUCCUCUUUUUCCCCUGCCACUGAGAACUGUGUGUCCAAGCUUCUCACGUGCAGCCGCCCUACUACAUGCCCACUUGACCCCAUUCCGACUAAGCUGCUCCAAGCUAUUGCUCCUACAGUAGCCGCAGCAGUCACACAUGUGAUCAACGCAUCACUGACAUCCGGUACAUUUCCCACCUCUCUCAAGCAUGCUCAGGUUAAACCGCUGCUAAAAAAAAAACAUCUCUUCCUCCAAAUCAUGUGGAGAACUACAGACCUAUCUCUCUCCUCCUUUUUCUGUCCAAAAUCAUUGAAAGGGUGGCUUUCAAGCAGAUCACAGAAUACCUCUCACAAAACUGUCUGCUUGACCCUUACCAAUCUUGGUUCAAAAAGGGCCACUCCACUGAAACUGCUCUAUUAGCAGUGACUGAAUCCUUAAAAGAAGCUAGAGCGACAGGCAAAUCCUCAGUGCUUAUCCUGCUCGACUUAUCGGCAGCAUUUGACACUGUCAACCAUGGCUUCCUUUCGUCCACACUCUCUAGCAUGGGCAUCACCGAGUAAGCACACGCCUGGUUUGAAUCGUACCUCACAGGAUGAUCUUUCAGUGUAUCUUGGCUUGGACAAUCCUCUACCAUGCACCAUCUUGCCACAGGAGUCCCCCAGCGCUCUGUACUAGGACCUCUUCUCUGUGCCGUAUACACCACCUCACUGGGUGAGAUCAUUCGAUCACAUGACUUCUCCUACCACUGCUAUGCAGACGACACCCAGGUCUAUCUGUCAUUUCCACCGGACGACCACACUGUCUCUGCACGAAUAUCAAACUGUCUGACAUAUCAAAAUGGAUGAAAUCCCACCAUCUCCAACUCAACCUCUCUAAAACUGAACUACUUGUCAUCCCAGCAAAACCAUCCAUACAGCACAAUAUCUCAAUCGAAAUGACUUCCUAUCUCUGGCUCCUUCAAAGGCAGUUCGAAAUCUGGGUGUUGUGAUUGAUGAACACCUGAGCUUUAAAGAUCAUGUUGCCUAUGUUGCUCGUUCAUGCCGCUUUGCACUGUAUAACAUACGAAAGAUCAGACCAUACCUAACACAACAUGCCACCCAGCUCCUGGUGCAAUCUACUGUCAUCUCCCGCCUCGAUUACUACAAUGCCCUUCUAACUGGUCUUCCAGGCUGUACUGUGAGACCUCUUCAAAUGGUCCAAAAUGCAGCGGCGCAUCUGGUCUUCAAUAGGUCAAAAAGAGCACACGUCACCCCUCUGUUCAUUGAGCUCCACUGGCUACCGCUAGCAGCAUGCAUCAAAUUCAAAUUACUAACACUAGCAUACAGAGUCCGAGAUGGUACGGCUCCCAUCUACCUGAAUCCUCUUGCAAAGGCUUACGUCUCGGCCCGGCCGCUCUGAUCAUCACAGGAUUGUUGGCUAGCAGUGCCUACACCACGCUCAGGACAAUCCAGACUUUUCUCAUGCAUUGUUCCACAAAUGUGGAAUGACCUUCCAAGCACCACCAGAACUGUGGCUUCCUUUUCAAUUUUCAAGAAACUUCUGAAGACCCUUCUCUUCAGAGAGCAUCUUCUUAACUAGCACCCUCCCUGCACCCGUCCCCCAUCUCUACUGUCCACUCCUUGUUCCCUACUCUCCAUGACUGAUGUCAAUGUUGUUGUUGUUAUUGUUGUUGUUAGCCUCAAGGGCAAUAUGCCGAUUAUCACUUGUAAGUCGCUUUGGACAAAAGCGUCUGCUAAAUACAUAAACAUAAACAUAAACAUGAACAUAGGAACACACCUGUGUGGUCCCUGAUGACGUAUCUCCUAGGCAACCGAGGCAUCAAGACAAGGUUCCUUGACAUUGAGAAACAUUGCAUUCAUUUAGAGACCUCUGUAAAUGUGUUGAAAAAAUGAGUGAACUUGGUUUUUAAUCCCUUUUCAGUUUGAAUGGCAUCCCUUAAAUUUUCCAACCUAACAUUUUCU